AUGGUGCAGUUGGACGGUGAAUUUGAGCAACCAAUAAUCCGAGCUGCGGAGUUGAACGAGGAAGAAGAAAUCAGCUACGACGAUCUGGAGCGGCGGAUGUGGAAUGACCGGGCCCUGAUGAAGAAGUUCAAAGCCCGGCCCGGUUCACAGCCCCGUGUCGAGCAAUCUCGCCGGAAGAAAAUAACCCGAGCCCAAGAUUCGAUUCUCAGAUACAUGGUCAAAAUCAUGGAUGUCUGCAAGGGCCAGGGCUUCGUCUACGGCAUCCUGCCGGAGAAUGGCACCCCGUUGACCGGCUCGUCGGAGAGCCUCCGCACCUGGUGGAAGGAUACUGUUGUUUUCGACAAGAAUGCUCCCGCCGCCAUCGCCGAGUUACUGCCGGAGAUCGCCGCCGCCGGAGUUUUGGACCCGGUGUCCUGUAUGCAUCUGCUGCAGGAACUGCAGGACACAACUCUGGGAUCGAUACUCUCCGCCUUGCUUCCGCACUGUCUGCCGCCGCAGCGGACUUUUCCGUUGGAUCGAGGGCAGGCGCCGCCGUGGUGGCCGACGGGCGACGAGCUGUGGUGGGGCCAACAGGGGGUGGCGGCGCGGGAGCAAGGGCCGCCGCCGUACCGGAAGCCACACGAUCUGAAGAAGGCGUGGAAGGUGAGUGUAUUGGCGGCGAUAAUACAACACAUGUCGCCGGAUUUGGAUCGGAUGAGGGGUUUCGUGACCAAGUCGAAGAUUCUGCAGCAUAACAUGACGACGAAAGAUACCGCCACCUGGUCGAAAGUUGUUAAUCAAGAAGAAGCACUUUCUAUUGUGUCGAAACGAUCACUCAAAAUCCCCGAAGAAAUCCCCGAAGAAGAAGAAGAAGAAAGAUUACUUGUUGCGAAUCAUGAAAAGCCCGAUUUGUAUUCUUCGAGUAACGAUAAGAGGAAAUGCGCGUUCGAUACUUCUACGUAUGAUAGUGACGAGAGCACGAAAUGUCAAAAAAGUGUCGAUUACGAUUCGAUAUGGAGUGGAAAUUACAACAACGACGAAGAAGUAAUUGAGGAGGAAACGGAAUUGAGCCAAUGGGUAAAAAUGGCAAUUGAAAAGAGUAAUAGUAUGACAAAUAAUGUAUGUGGGAAUUAUUGGGGAGAAGAUCUUAUUGAGGAGUUACAAUUUGACUAUCUUGGUUAUGGUGGUGACGACGACAUUGAUCGGAUGUUUUUACCCGACGAAACUUCGACUACUUCUGCUUCCGCGUUCCCUUUCAAUCAACAUGCGUAA